AUGAAAUCUAAAAAUUAUGAGUUAGGUAAAAAUAAAUGGAAACCUGAAACAAUUUUAAAAAGAAAACGUGCACGUGUAUGGCGUGAAGAUGGUGUUCAAGAGAUAGAUAAAUUUUUAAAGAAAUUUGUUGAUGAAUAUAAACAAGUUGGAAUAAAUAAUGAAGAAUUAAUUAAAUUUGGAUCAUUUUUUAUGGAAUGUAAAGAGAUGUUUAGUAGUAUUAUAGGUUUUUAUAAACUUGAUAAAAUAUUUUAUGAUAUUGUAAAAUAUUAUGCCAAGAAUGACAUGAAAAUGUAUGAAUUAGCUAUUUUGAUUUUUAAAAAAAUCUGUUGUAUUACUUUUGGUAUAGGUGUAAAUUUAAUAAAUAAUUGUAUAAGAAAUGAUAAAAAACUUUGUUAUGAACUCAAUUCAAUUUUUAAAUAUAAAAGAAAGUUUGGUACAGAAAAGUCAGUUGAGUGGUAUUGUAAAGUUAAUAAUACAAAUAAAAAUAUUUCUAAUAAAGAUUAUUUACUAGAAAAAGAUAAACACGGAAAUGUUGUCGUAGUUAAAUCUGAAUUAAAUUUGGAUGUCAAUAGUAUUGAUAGAGAUGUUAACAUGGUUGAAGAUAAUAUUGUUUUUGAAAUAAAGGAAGAAGUUAAUAACAUUGAAAAUAAAGAUGUCACUGUAACUGAAUCAGUACAACCAUAUAACUUCAAUCAGAUAUCAGAAUCUUCUCCUGAAUAUAUCAAUGAGUCUGAUGAUGAAAAAUAUUCAGGUAAUGAAUUAAAUAUACCAGAAUGUAUCUUUGGUGAAUAUAUUAAAACUAAGGUUGAUGGUUUAAAAAGUGACUUUACAAAUUUAUUUUGUCUCUCAUCAUUAAAUCAAAAACGUUUAGGAAAUUUUCUAAACAGUUAUUUAAGGUAUUUUAUUAAUAGAAAAAUGGAUGAAUAUAUGUAUGAAUACAUGGAUGAAUAUAAAAUUAAGAGUGAAGUUAAUAGACACUUAAUUGGUGUACGUGAUUUCUUUUUAAAUAAUGAAUUUAGAGAGGAAUAUUUUAAUAUGAUUAUUAAUCGUCAUAUCACUCCAGAAGAGUUAUCAACAUGGGACUUGGAGUCUUAUUCUCAUUAUUUUUAUAAUUUACUACAAAAUAUAUAA